UGAUAACCAUUCCAACAUUAAAAUAGAUUUUGUGUCGUAUAGAAGUUAUUGAUCCAAAUUACACAAUCGACGGGGUUAUUUGGAACUAUUGAAAUUUGAUGCCUUUGUUAUUUUUUGAUAUAGGAUUACGAAUUACGAUAGUCAGUCAGUCGGUGUGUAACUUAAAACUUACUUCUUUACUAUAUUAUAGUAGGUGCAAGGUGUACAGUGUAUUUAGUUAAUCUCAAUUAAUCGUGAUGGCAUUGUCAAUUAAGGUUGGAAUUAUUGGAGGUACAGGAUUUGACGAUCCAGACAUCUUAAAAAAUCGCAAAGAAAAAACUGUGUCAACACCUUUUGGAAACCCAUCUGAUUCGUUAAUUUUGGGAGAAAUCGACGGUGUUCCAUGCGUGUUACUAGCUCGACAUGGUCGAAAACACGAUCUUAUGCCCAGUGAUGUAAAUUAUAGAGCCAAUAUUUGGGCCUUAAAAGAAGAAGGAUGUACGCAUAUUAUAGCCACUACAGCUGUAGGCUCGCUUCAAGAACAUUAUAAGCCUGGAGGUUUAGUUUUAGUGGAUAGCUUUAUCGACAGAACAACAAAUCGUAAACAAACAUUUUAUGACGGCGAACCUGGACAUCCUGUAGGAGUUAGCCACAUUCCUAUGGAACCUGCCUACUGCCAGAAAACUAGAGAAUUGAUUCUAGAAGUAGCUGAAAAACUUGGAAUUUCCAUAAUGAAAACUGGUACUAUCGUUACUAUUGAAGGACCAAGAUUUUCUACAAAAGCCGAGAGUAAAAUGUACAGAUCUUGGGGCGGCGAUAUCAUAGGAAUGACACAAGUUCCCGAAGUUGUUCUUGCGAAAGAAGCUGGUAUUUGUUAUGCAAAUGUAGCCUUGGUGACUGACUAUGACUGCUGGAGGGAUUCUGGAGUUAAAGUAUGUGUACCCGAAGUUAUGAAGACGUUUAGGGAAAAUAUUUCUAAAGUUAUUAAGCUAGUUUUAUCCAUUGUGCCUAAAAUUGGCGAGACUGACUGGAAUAAAACAAUAACAGAGUUACAGGAAGUGCAGCAAAGUAGUGUGAUGUUACCACAUUAAUCCAAAUCGAAAAAUCAAUUCCACAUUCCAGUCUAAGUAUUCUAAACCAAUGACAUUAUUUUUAUACUAUUGUUACAUGGCUUGAAGAAAAAAUUUCAUAAUCUUGAAAUAAUAUUCCGUACAUUAUAUAUGUAGCACAAAAUAUUUGCUUGUAUUUGUAGCAAGGUAUUUUAUCGUAAUAAAAAAGUAUUUGCAAUAAA